GUCUGUUCAACCUGUAAACAAAACUUCAGUUUUGUUCUGAUGCAAGAAAGAUUUCUGCUUGCCACUGCCAGUUUUUAUUAAGGGAAUCGGCAUGCCGAUCACAGUCAGAGAUUACACAUGGGACGAAACGGAAACAUCAGUCCACGUGGAUGUUCCAUUGAAAGGUGUCAAAGCUAGCAAAGUGGAUAUAUUUUCAACCGAUGAAUACCUCAAAGUGAAUUUCCCUCCAUACCUCUUUGAAGUGGUCCUAUUCCAACCGGUAGAUGACAGCAAAGGAACGGCACAAGUGGGUGAUGGCACUAUCACAUUCAGUCUCCAGAAACGACAACCUGGACUAUGGAACCGACUCAUUUCACCCAAUUCAGAUGACAAAGAAUUGAUGAAAAGCAAGCGCCAAGCUGCCAUUGAUGCAGCCCACCGCAAGGCACAGCAAGAGAAGCAACAGCAACAGGAAGAGAAACGGGAGAGAGACAGGACAGCACUCAAGGAGCAAAUGAGAUUGGAAAAUGAGGAAAGGCAAAGGAUAGAAAGCAUCAAAGAAGCAGAAAGACAGAAAGCCACGGAAGACUUUGAGAAGUGGAAAGCUGAGCAGCUGGAAGCAGAGAAGGAACGAGAGGAGACACAAGGAAAAAAUGAUGUUGGCAUUUUUGAUGAUGAAGAAGCAUUGCCCACCAUUGGAACACGUCCAGGGUCCAAAGACGAGAAGCCAGCGGAAGUCAAAAGUCAGCCUCCACCGAGAUCAUCAGGGAACAUCCAGGUCAGAUUCACCCCCCGGGUCUUCCCGACCCCCCUCAGAGAGUCCAAAGUAGAAGCUGAAGAAGAGUGGUUGAGGAAGCAAGCAGAGGCGCGUAGGGUAGUAGACGUCGAUGACCCAGACCUGACUGAGGAAGAGAAGAACCCAGUCUGGCUGAAGGACAAGGGAGAUGGCUUUUUUAAGUCGGGAAACUACCUAGCCGCCGUCAAUGCCUACAACUUGGCUGUCAGGUUAGACAGCAAGCUACCUUCCGUUUAUUCUAACCGGGCCACUUGCCACUUGAAGCUGAGGAAUUUCAUCAAGUGCAUUGAAGACUGUUCCAAGGCGUUGGACCUUCUGACACCUCCAGUAGAGGCUAACGCCAAGUCCAGACUACGAGCUCAUGUUAAACGAGGCACUGCCUUCUGUGAAUUGGAACUGUACGUUGAAGGUUUACAAGAUUAUGAAGCAGCCCUGAAGUUAGACCCCAAGAAUGCCCAGUUGAUUGUGGAUACUAAAAAGAUCCGAGCCGUUAUACAGAGCACAGUGGAAUGAGCAAUGCUGAAAUCUUACAAGAGUUUGAAAAAGAAAGACAAGGAAAUGGGCAUGUUCCUCGUAACAGCAGUUUGUUGGCAUGAGGAAGGUUGCAGCAAGUCCAUCUCUGGGCUCCCAGAAUUCCUGCAGGCAUCUCAGCCACUCCCGUUGAGGUUCCUUUCCACUCUGAUGCAGUCUAUCUAUAGCAUGUAUCAAGGAGCGAGUCAGACCAGCUGCCCCUCCGACAGGUGACAGCAAUACCAGGAACUGUACAGCUGAUUUCAGUAUGCAGAAAAGUGUUCCUUCAGUUUUUUUUUGUAUAAAUUGUGUAUUUCCAAGAUUUUGUAUUCUGCAUGUGUGAACAAAAGGUGCCUUUUCUGUACUUUUUGGGUCAGCGUUAUAUGAUCUGUAUUUUUCCGUCCAUUAAAUGAAGUUUUUCUAAAAAACAUGUUAUUGUAUUUUUCUGUCAAUGUACAUGUACUACCGCAACUGUUCAACUUUUAAAUCUGUCAGCGAGUUCUCAUCCUUUAUCAUCUCCAGUUUUUUCAUUCUCUCACAACUCCUUUCUUCCUAUCCUUACAUCCCUUCAUACCUGAGGCAGCUGAGGGUUUCUCUUGCCAACUUCCUCCCAGUUGUCAUCUCGGAUGCGGUAGCCAGAAACCACUUUACCUAUUUGGGAAAUAUUAAAUGUAACCUGGAUGAACUUUGAUGUUCAUGCUCUGGUACUUUGAAUUAUACAUGUUAAAAAUGAGGUGUGGAUCACAUCCAAAAAGUUUCAAAAUACUCAAAAAGUGUCAUUUAAUGAGGCCUUCAGUGGCCAAGAGUGAACAGCAAGUUCUUGCCAACAUUCCAGAACAUGUACUACUGUGUUUAUCGAGUUCCAUAAAUCAGCUUGAAAGAAAAUCUUGCUCAGCAAAUUUAUGUGCUAAACAAAAAAUACUGGGGCACCAGUCACAGGAAAUAUGCACACCAUGACGUUUUGGCUUGUGACCCAUGCUUGCCAAGCAAAUGUCUUUUUGGUAAGCUUAUUUCUUAGCUAAAUCACCCUGUGAAAUUGGCUCAGCUGAAGGGUAUAAUGAGUUGUGUUUGUGUGCCUCAGAAUCCUGAAGAGUGGUUUCUGUAAUUCCAAGAUUAUUGUCAACGUUGGUAAUAAAAGUCUUCAAAAUUUAAUUACAACUCCUCAGAUUGUUUUGCUGUUUUGUGUUGAGAAUCAUGCUUAUCUCCAAAGGAGCUAAUCUACGUUAAUUGGAAAUAAAUUACCUCUUAGAACAGAGGCCAAAAUUCCAAGUAGCAGCUAAUUAGAAAAAAUUGCUAAAACAAUGCA